AUGGCUGGAGAUAUUGUUGGUGACGAUGCCUUCAAGCCGGCAGUUGAUACCAAUAUAGCUGGUAUGUCUCGCUCUGCAACCUCCACACCUCAGUCCGGCGCGGCAACGCCGAAAGUCCAGCAGCCGAAGCCACAAGCUCUCGCAAGCAAAUCUGGUCCCUCCGCGAUACUAGUCUCAACGCGUCAAAAAGGAAAUCCGAUCCUGAAUCACAUCAAAUUUCAGCCGUGGGAGUACGCCGACAUUCCAGCCGACUAUGUCAUCGGCGCAACCACCUGCGCCCUCUUCUUGUCCCUUAAAUACCACCGACUCCAUCCUGAGUACAUCUAUUCGCGAAUCAAACAGCUAGCGGGGAAGUAUUUACUCCGUGUGCUGUUGAUUAUCGUUGAUAUCCCAAACCACGAAGACCCUCUUAAAGAGCUAUCCAAGACGUCGAUCAUCAACAACCUCACCCUUAUCUUGUGCUGGUCCGCCCCGGAAGCCGCGCACUACCUGGAACUCUUUAAGUCAUGCGAACAUUCCCAGCCCACUGCUAUACGCACACAACAAGCACAAUCCUACAAAGACUCGCUGGUUGAGUUUGUCACUGCGCCCCGAAGCAUCAACAAAUCCGAUGCUGCCAGUCUUAUAUCCACAUUCGGCAGCUUACAGAACGCAAUUAACGCCCAGCCAGAGCAGAUCAGCGCUGUGCCGGGAUGGGGCGAGAAGAAAGUUAGAGCGUGGUGCAAUGCCGUGCGAGAGGAAUUCCGCGUGGAAAAGGCGAAAAGAGCAACCGCUCCUAAGCGGACUGUGCGGGAUUUAGCCGCAUUAAGCACAAAUGAUGACGGUGCAGCAUCAUCUGCUACGCCGGAGGCACCUCGCGGCACUGAGGACGAUAGCCUGUUUGUGGAACAAAAUGAACGAAGCAGUCCGCAGACAAAAGCGCAGGGUGAAGAUAUGGAUGAAGGAAUCGCGGCGGCAUUGGCUAGGCUCCGAGAAAAUGGCGGCUGAACAAUUUCUAGGGAAAAAAGGAGAACUCUGCCUGCCGGGACUCGUCGACUCGUGUUAUCCUGCCUCAUUUGCGAAGUGCAUUCCGAUUCUCAGGACUGUCGCAGCUGGCGCUAGAAAUAUGCACCGACAUCAUGACGGCCCCGGCCUGUCAUAAGAAUGUCACUCAACCUGUGAGACAGAGCCCAAAAUCUGUCCAGCACACUCAGGCAUCUUCAGUAGGCCAUCAGGGCAAGGGUCCGUCCCUUGAUCCAACUUUGACCUGAACAGCAUCCCGUCAUCUAGUGGAAGUGCUCGGGAGAAAUUGGUUUGGAUUGUCAGACUUCAGCUGAGUACGACAUUCUGCCCAGAUAUCCAAUUUGUGUAUAUAAUUCAGUACGGGCCAAUAUCAAUCAUGUAGACUAUUUGGAAA